UAUGGCUGUAACACGCGCUAAGACGAGACAAGUUUAAACAUAAUGAAUUCAUUGUUUUAAACAUAAGACUUCAAUUAGAAAAACAAGAGAUAUCUGAGCUGCUUUAAUUUAGUGUCCUAAUACUGGAAAGAAAAACAUGUUCCCAUGUGACUUUGCGUGGGGAGCAGGGACUGCAGCGUAUCAAAUAGAGGGUGGCUGGCAGGCAGACGGCAAGGGACCAAGUAUCUGGGACACGUUUUGUCACGAGAAAGGCAGAGUGUUUAAGGAGCAGAAUGGAGAUGUGGCCUGUAACAGCUACGAGCUGUGGGAGAAAGACCUGGAGUGUAUCCAGCAGCUUGGACUGACGCACUAUCGCCUGUCUUUCUCCUGGUCCCGCCUCCUGCCUGAUGGGACCACACAACAUGUCAAUCAAAAAGGUGUACAGUACUACAACAAGGUUAUUGAUGAUUUGCUGGCCUGUAGUGUAUCACCUAUGGUCACGCUUUACCACUUUGACCUGCCUCAAGCUCUCCAAGACCAGGGUGGCUGGAAAUCACAGAGUAUAGCCACCCUUUUCGACAGCUAUGCCAAAUUUUGUUUCCAAACAUUUGGAGACCGAGUCAAACUUUGGAUCACGAUCAAUGAGCCGCAUGUGUGUGCCAAACUUGGCCACGAAGACGGCAUCCAUGCUCCAGGGUUGAAAGAACCAGGGACUGCUGCCUACCUGGUGGGGCAUAAUAUGCUGCGUGCCCAUGCCAUGGCCUGGCAUAGCUACAACUCCUUCUACAGGCCAAAGCAGAAGGGUGCGGUGUCUCUAGCCAUCAACAGUGACUGGCUUGAGCCAUUGCGGCCAGGUUGCAACGAGGAUAUCGCUGCUACUGAGCGGGACCUUGCAUUUACACUAGGAUGGUUUGCCUGGCCUGUGUUUGUUACCGGAGAUUAUCCAGAAAUAAUGAGAUCUGCCAUUGACUCUGAAAGUAAAAUGUUGGGAUACAACGACAGCUUGAGACUGCCCAGGUUCUCAGAGGAUGAACUUGCAAUUUUAGGCACAGCUGACUUCUUUGCAUUAAACUACUACACGUCCCGCAAAGUCAAACCAAAGGGGGGCUGUGGACAGAUGUUGUGUUUAAAGAACGACAUAGAUGCAGAAGAAGUUCUGGAUCCAUCCUGGCCAAUCUGUGGGGUGUCCUGGCUGGCUGCAGUCCCCCAUGGCUUAAGGGAACUUCUGAAGUACAUAAAGAAUACUUUCAACAACCCUGCAGUCUACAUCACAGAGAAUGGCUUCUCUCAGGUGGGGCCUCUGCAAAUUGAGGAUGUCCAGCGCUGUGACCUUUACAAAGCCACUAUCUCGGAAGUGGCUAAAGCUAUUGAAGAAGACGGGGUCCGCGUCCGUGGAUAUUUUGCGUGGUCACUGUUGGACAACUUUGAAUGGGCUGAUGGAUUCAGUGUUCGUUUUGGAUUGUUUCAUGUGGACUUCUCUGAUGCAAAGCUGCGUCGAACCAUAUAUCGGUCUGGACAGGAAUAUGCAAAGAUCAUCAUGAAGUACAAGAGAGCAACUGAUGUACAAUGACUGAAGAAUAAAAAGAAAAUUCACUUUUGUACGCUUUCUUAAUAAACUAGCAGUUUUUGGAUUUUUGUUUUGUCUGACUCAUGUUCGUACAAAUUAGAUGAGUCAGCCCAGUUCGACUAACCAAGCAGGCGCCUGCUCCCUUUCAUCGUAGAUCCAAAAUUUAAAGCACUAUGAUUGUUGCUGAAUUUCUUUUCAGUUCAGAAAAUGGUCAGGGAAUAGUUCAAUAAGUAAGCGUACUUGGUUGUCUUUAUAGAAAAUCUGACUUCAGCAGGGGAUGUAAGGACAUGGGCAGAGUAAUAAGCUGAUUCAAUGCAAUGUAAAUUAGUAUUAUAUCUUUCCCUAUUCCCUGUCAGUCGGCACGAGGAGGUUUAUGGAGAGGAGAGAGUUCCUCACUCAGAGGGCCAAGGCAGCUGUAAGACCAAGCUGCUGCAGAAGAGACAUGUAUGCCCACACUGCAUUUAUCAGUGCUCUGUACAGGCUUGCACCUUACACAUAUAUACCAUACACAUACGUAUGGUAGCAUGAGCAGGCUGGACGUUUCAGGUUGACUAGAAAGUUUGAGUGUGUAGAUGUAAGGAUGCAGGGGCUGAUACACUGAAGAAAGCAGCUCG